CGUCAAUUAUACCCGAAUUGCUCUUUUCACCCCUAAAAUAUGGACCCCUUCAGCACCCUACCUCAUGAGCUCCUAUCUUCAAUCAGCGAGGACGCUGCUGAUUGGGUUGGGCUUGACAGCCUGAUCCGAGUUUCGCCACGCAUCGCCGCACUGUUCACCCCCGAGGGAGGUUCGGAUCAAGCCCACUCCGAUGCCAUUUACCUCGUUGAGAACAUCCUACGGACAAAUCCCAUGAUGAGCCAUCAACUGCACCGGUUUUUCCGGAUGUGUGCGGAUCUCCGGAGCUUGCCCUUUACCUCCGGAUGCAAUCUGACCUUAGCCGAGUUUAUGGCGCAGGACUACUCCUCACCUCUGAGCCCCACUUCUGUGACCGGCACUGUGCUGCGGGACAUGGUCCGGGUUGCAGCCAACAUCCAGCGACUGGCCUGCGCCUGCUUAACCACCUUUCUGGCACGCACCCGAGCGGUGCAACCAAUAGGCUACGGAAGGGAUGCGGCCGGGAGGCUAAAGGGGGAAGAGCCAUACCCACCGCAAGAGGCCGGUCCUCCAUCGUGGGCGGAAGAGUACCGUGUUUACCGAGCCUUGUGGCAUCUACAGCUGUAUUCGGAUGUUUGGAAAGUCGUCCCUCAGAUAGGCUGGUCUCUCAGCGAGCUCCAUCUCUAUCUACGAGUCUCGGACUUUGAUAUCCCUUCCGAAAGGCCUGAACGCGGGCCAACGCAAGACGGAGAUCCCACCGGGGAUGAGAUGCGGGCUGUGUCGGAGUGUCUGCAGGAUAUUUGUCCCCAUCCAAACCUAUCGGAACCCCUGAGUGCCAACCUCGAUAGCUUUUACCUACGGUUAUGGCUGGAGCUGCCCGAUGCAUUGUCUCUCAGGCGCCAGGAUCCUCAAGGUAGCGAUGAUUCUCAAGCCAGUGCUUUCCGCAGCUUCGGGGUAUGGAGUUCCCCACCACUCCCGUCUCCCGAGGAGGAUACGUGCAAGCCUGUUUUGGGGCAAUGGGGCAACACUAUCUGUGCUGUGCAAGAACGAAAUAUUGGUAAUCUAUGGAUGAUGCUACCGACAUAUGAGGCAUAUGAACGUCCGGCUAUGUUUCAAACAGGCUCUCUUCUAGAUCCUCGACCACUGCUUGGACUAGGAUUGGUUUUCUGGGACCGAUGGAGGCUUUACAACUUAGGUCUUUGGUCAGCAAGCCCUAGUAAUGGGCAAACCAGAAAGAAUUGUCCUAUUGUUACGGGUCCUGACGGGAGCCAGGUCCCGGUCGACUACAUGCCAAGACUGAAAGAUGGAAGAGAAAGGAAUUAUCGGUGGUCCGAAUUUGCUGCAGCACGCUUGGCGCAGGAGGAACAGGAGGCAAGGAGUAGUCUGGCGGCUUGAUGACAUUAGUCCGUCUGCAAAGCCGUGCCAUGUCUUGAU